CUGCAGUCGGAGGCGGGUGCCGAGCGUUGGCCCGAGUCGGCCGCCCACUGGGACCGUGUGCGGGCCCUCUGCUCCCGCCUGAUGGCCGCCCAGGCGCUGGUGGUCAGCCGGCCCGGCCGCUGCACGCAGGAGUGGGCCGGCCGCGCCGCCGGCGUGGCCCGGCUGGCUCGCCAGCUGGCGGCGCUGGCGCUGGCGGGCGGCUGCGGCCGACUGGGCGGGCCGCUGGUGCGGCUGCAGCGGCUGCUGCCCCUGCUGGGCCGGCUGGCUGCGCUGGCCGCCUUCAGCGACUCGGGCGGACACGUGACCCUGGCGAGUGCCGGCGUACUGGCCGCGCUGGUGGAGGGCGGCCUGCAGACGUGCCGCCAACUGCCGGCCGAGGAGGCGCUGCUGGCCCUGACGGCGAUGUGCGCCGCUCUGCGGUCGGCCGAGCAGGCCCAGCGGCGGGCCGACCAGGCCACCCAGUGUGUCGACCCGCUGGACCGGCACCAGGCGGCGGCGCUGUUCGCCGUCACGCUGCCGGCCGGCAACCCGUGCUCGGCCGGCGCGGUGGCCACGCUGAGUUCGCUGUGGCAGCGGCUGCUGCGCGCCGCCGGCCGGCUGUACAGCCAGCAGCGCGGCCGGCUGACGGCUGACCAGCACCGCCGGCUGGCCGGUCUGCUGGGGGAGCUGCAGGCCUGUGUGCAGCGGCGCGGCCGGCCGCUGGCGGCGGCCCGCCUGCCGCGCCGCACCCCGGUCCUGCGCCGGUACCUGGCCGGAGACUGGGCCGGCACAGAGACCCGCCUGCAGGACCAGCUGGACUCGGCGCUGGCCGCAGGGAGCCGCGGCGCCCGGCGCGCCGGCCGGCCGGCGCUCGGCCUGCUCUACCUACACGUGGCCGGCGGCCGGCUGCGGCGCGCGCUGGAGACGGCGGACGCGGCGCUGCGGCGCUGUGCGGCCGGCGCGGCCGGUCCCACCGGCGAGCUGUGGGCGGCGCUGCGCCACCCGGCCGGCCGGCGGCUGCUGCACAGCCUGGCGCGCCUGAUGGCCCGCUAUCACCUGGCGGCGCCGCUGUCCGUGCCGCCGCCGCACGCCGCCCGGCCGCAGCCGCUGCUCACAGACAACAAAGACUAUCAACACAGCGUCGUCUCUCGAGAGAUGCUGACUGCCGACAUCUCAACCAACUACCUCAUGGACUUCUGGAAUCCCCAGCAGGCUUUGAAGCUGCUGGUGUGCUGCGGUCUACUCAGUGAGGCCUUCUGGUUCGCCCGGGAGCUGGGCGACUGGCGGACGGCCCUGUUCAUCUGUGUGCUCAACGACCAACUGCCCGGGCACCGUUGCAAAUGGCCUGAGUCUUUGUCGGCGGAGCGGCUGCUGUUCUCCCAGGCGGCCUCCUACCUGCCGCUGCCGGCCGCCAGUCUGGAGGAGCGCUCGGUGCGCCGGCUCCUGCUGGCCGCCCUGCUGGCCGGCGUGCCGCUCGUGCCACCCAUGCUGGCCGGCCUGGCGCGCCUGCUGCGCGAGCCGCUGCGGCGCCUGCCCUGCCUGGUGCCCGCCGAGCAGCCGCUGCCGGCGUUCCGUGCGCCGACGCUGGACGCGAGCCUGGAGGGGACGCUGCGGCAGCUCAGUGCCCAGCUGGCUGGCGAGGAGGCCGACCCAGACGGACCGGAGGGAGGUCGGCAGGGGCGGCGGCAGGUGGCAGACGCUGCCGAACACCUGCGGCACCUCUGUCUGCUGCUGUACCUGCUGCACGCCCGCGACCGACUGUCCAGCGCCCUCCGAGCCCAAACGGUGCCGCUCUCGUCGCUGACUGCCGACUCGGCGCUGCUGGUGGUCUCCCUGACGGCCACGCUGCGGCCGCUGGCCGCCCUGCCGGCUUGGUCGGCCGACCUGGCGGCGCUGGCCCUGGAGGCCGCGCUCGGCUCGGAGCCGGAGGGCGCCGGCCGGCUGGUGGUGCCGCUGGCUCAGACCCUGUCCGACCCGAGCGGUCUGUCGGACGGGAACCAGCAGCGACUGCGGCGCCUGCUGAGACACUGGGGCGAUAACGACGCACAGACAGCCGCCGACGGCAGGCCGCCGGCGCAGCACGCCGCUCCGGCCGGCAGCGGCGCGCAGCAGCUGCUGGAUAGCUGCCGGCUGCAGCAGCUGCAGCCCAAGGUGCAGCUGUCGCUGCUGACUGACGGUGACGCGCUGUUCAGCUGUCCUUCCGAUCCGUCGCCGCUGGAGACUCAGCCCGAGUAUCUGUCCUUCCUGCGGACCAUGCUGAACGUGGCCGCGCCGGCGGCGCCCGUCAUCACACCAGCCAAACCGCUGCUGGCCGGCUGGCGGAGCUGGCACAAACGCAACGAGCUCACGUCGCCAGUCUUCCUGGCCGGGUACCGGAAAAUGGUGGCGGCUGCGGGCGCCGGGGAUGCCGGAGAAGACAUCCCGGCCGCCGCGUCCGCCUCCAAAGCGGAUCUCGCCGCGGCAGGAGUUGCGCGUGAUGCGGGACUGAGAACCCCUGGAGCGCCCGCCGCCGGAGACGCUCGCGCCUCGGGCCGGACUGCCCGGCUCAGUCGAUCGGCAGAGCGUCUGGACCGGGCGGCGACACCGGCCCGUCGCGGCCUGUUCCGCUGCGUCAGCUUCAGCGACGUCUGGCGGCCGACCGGUGGGGACGAGGAGUUCCUCCUGGCCGGCGGUGAGGCACAGCCGCGGCGCCGGCGGCGCGCCGCACACCGGACGCGGUCGGCGGACGCCGCCCUCGGCCGUGAGCGAGCUCGGCCGUCAGGCCGCUCUUGGCAGACGCUGCCCCGGCAGCGGACCGAACCCGCCCUUCCAGAGCCCGGCGUGAAACAGGGCGGCGGCGGGGACGGGAUAGCGCUCCGGCACCCGGCGCUGCGGCUGGCCAAAGGCGUGAGCGCGCCCCGGCUGGAGAAGUACCGCGACGUGGAGAAGCUGCUGGGCUGGUUCCUGCUCUGGCGGCACCGUGAGAUCCGCAUGGACCUGGUGAAGUCGUUCAGCGGGCCGCGCAUCGCGCUGCGGCCCACCAUGCCCGACGUGCUGGUCUACAUCUGGCUGACCGAUCACAUGCCGCGGGGACAUCCCCAGGGCCGCGGCCGCUCGGCGCCGGCUCGUAACCGCAGCGGCACGGCGCCGGCCGCCAUGGCGCCGCCCGGCGGCCCGCCGCGCGCCCCGGACUCCAGCAGCAGCGACGAGGCAAUGAUGGACGAAAACGUGGACGACGACCCGAUGAUGCGCCACCGCGGCGAGCUGAUGCGCCGCGGCGGGGGCAACCGCGGCUACGGAGGCUACGACAGCUAUGGACGGGAGUACGGGGCGCCCGACCCGCGCCAGUACGGCAGGCCCAACACCGCAAUGCCCGGCUACAGGAACCAGGGCGGACAGCGGCCGUACCAGGCGGACGGCAACCGCUAUCAGGGGAACAGGGGCUCGCCCGCCUACCCGCGCAGAAUGGGGAACCGCGGCUAUGAUUCAGCACCUAACGACCGCUACGGCCCGAGCCGGGAGCCGGAUAAUUUUAAUCAGCGGGACGGUCAGCGGUACGGUGAGCCCGACUACGGCCGCCGUGGGUACGAGGAGGCCGGCUCGGGACGGCGUUCGCGGUACGGCAGCUCGCAGUACCGGCCGUACGAGAGGUCGGGUGGAGGUGGCGGGUACGGUGGGAGUGCUCCGCCCGGCCCCGGCCGCCGCGGCGGGCCCCAACAGGUACGGUUUGACGGCGCUCCGGCGUCCGGCCGAGCGGACAAGUGGGGCAGCUGGGACGACUUCCGCGCGGCGCCGGUCAGUGUGCGAGCCGGCCGCACGCCGUCGCGCUCCUUCAGCGCGCAGCCGCAGGGCCGCGGCGGCUCGAUCGCCCCGCGCUCCGACCCCUGGGACGACAACACGCGCACGCUGGUGUCGCCGCCGGGCGGAGGUGGCCGGCCGCCGCCGGAGCCGCCUGCCGGCUGGGAGCGCUCUGACCGCGGCGGGCGGAGGUCGGCGCCGCCGCCGCCGCCGCCGCUGGACUUGCCGGCCGGCACGGCACCCGGCUGGGAUAAAACGCUGCACGCGGUGCGUAUCGGCGCGGCCGGCGCCCAGUGGAAGCAGAUGCACGGCCUGGACAAGGUGGAGGGCGACGAGUGCUACAUGGUGUACGACGACAAGAUCGUGCGCAUGGAGAACUUCACGGCCGACUCGGGCGCCACGAUCGACGUAGUGGAGAAGGUGGCCGUGUACAGUCCGACGGGCAGCGCGCGGGCCGGUUCCGGCGGCACGGGGCGCGCGCCGGCCGGUCAGCCGGCGGUGGCGGCGGCGGCGCGCGGCCGGGACGGCGCGCCGUGCGUAGACUGCGACUGGCAGCCGUGGUCGGCGUCCAACCUGAGCGGCCAGCGGCAGGCGCAGUCGGCGCCGCCGGCGCGCUCGGCCGCCGUGCCGUCGGCCCCGACGCUGCAGGUGCCCAGGUCGGCCGCCUCUGCCGGCGGCAAGGGCGGCUGUGUCGACUGUGGCGAGUGGCAGCACUGGUCGGCGUCCACGCUCAAAUCGGCCUCUCCGGCGGCCGAUCGGCCCGCGUCUCCCCGCGCGCCGGUCUCGGAGCGCGGCGGCUCGGCGGGCGCGGCCCCGUCCCGCUCCGACAUGUCGAUGUCGCGUCAGUCGGAGCUGUCGGAGCGUUCUGACCUCAUCAGCCAGCUGUCGGACGAGGUGCGCCAGCUGCGAGAGGAGCAGCGCCACCUGCGGAGGGAGCUGGCCGCCCGCUCGCCCAUGUCUGACGGCGACGUCAACAUUCCGCAGCUGACUCAGAUCAUCGACCAGAUCAACGACGCGCUGGAGGUGGGCCUGGCGCGGCUGCAGCGCGGCCAGCCCUGGCAGCCGCGGCCCAUCCACGCGCCCGCCUCGCUGCAGCCGUACGUGCAGGCCAUGAAGUUGCCGGCGCCGCUGCUCAACGCUAUCGUGUACGACCCCGAGUCGCACUACACCUCUCACUCGGGCUCGCGGUCGGCGUCCCGGCCCGGCUCGGGCCGCAGUGACGCCCCUGCGGCGGCCGGCGCGGCCGAGCCGGACGCCGGCUACCGGCGGCUGGACCCCGAACAGAUCAGCCAGCUGGUGGCCGAGGAGGUGCGCAGGGCGCUCCGGGAGGCGGCGGGGGCCGGGUCAGCCGGCUCGGCCGGUCAGCGGCGUCGGCCUCGCUCCACCAGCCCCGGCCCGGCGCGGGAGAUCAUCGUCCACCAGCCGGUGCGGCGCACCCACAGCCACGACCCCAACUCGACGACUCCGCCGACCGCCGGUGCCGGCUCCGAGCGCGGCUCCCGGCCCGCCUCCGAGCGCGGCUCCGAGCGUCGCUCGUCGCGCUCGUCGUCGCCGCCGGCGCCGCCGUCCGCGUCGGUGGGCGCCUACGACGACUACCCAUUCCUGCUGCACCUGGAGGACGGCGGUGCUGCCGAACAGCUGGCCGCCCGCCAGGUGCGCGCCAUCCAGGAGAGCCCCACUGCGCGCAAAAUCGUCCAACUGCUGAGGGACACGGACCCGGCGGCGCCCGGCGGCGAGCCGGACCUGGUCGACCGCGUCCUGACCGUCCACAAACGCAACCUGGGUAACAUGUACGACAAGAAGGCGGACAACAUGCGUGUGAUCAAACUGCUCCACGACCUCUCCGAGGAUGAGGAGAAGACGGAUCACCGCGCCGCACAAGAGAUUAAGCAGCUGGAUGAUGAGAUUGUGCUGCUCAAACGUACCCUGCGAGCGCUGGACUCGACAGAGAAGCUGGCGAUCUGGCGCACGCCGAGCGACGAGCUGCGGUACCUGCAGCAGAAGCUGCGGCAGAUGGACGGCAGCCCGCCGCCGGCUGAUGACGUGGGCGCCGCCGAGGAGGUGGUGGUCACCGGUCCGGACGGCAGCGAGCACCAGUUCGUCUCCGAGGGCACCGGCUCUGAGUGCAAGGUCAAACAGCCGCGCAAACCGGAUGGGAAGAAGCACACCUUGAUUGUUUAUGAUACAGAUCUACAGAAGCCACCGGAGCGCCAGUCAGUGGUCGAGGGCACGGGCUCCGAGUGCAGGGUGAAGCAGCGGCGGCACGGCGCUAAGAAGCACACCACCAUCGUGCACGAUACCGGCGAGAGCGCGGCAGCUGCGGAGGACGGCCACUCGUCGGACCGUCCGGCGGCCGCCCGGACGCCGUCCCCGAAGCGGAAGAGCCGCGGCGCGCGGCUGCCCGGCGCCGACGGACACAUGGACGUGGACGUCUCUGAGGAGGAGGCGCCGCCGCCGCCCCAGCGCGUCCACAGACGCUUCGUGCCCUCGGACGCCCGGCCGGACGCGGCGCGCUCCACACCGGACGCCACGACGGCCGAGGGCCGGCGGGCGGCGCCGCGGGUCUCCCAGUCCGUGUUCGAGACGACUCGCGCGUACCAGACGAGCGGCGAGGACCGCUACAUCCGACCCGAGGACCUGGAGCAGGCGCCGUCGGCGCCGCUCGUCUCCUCCUCGACAGCCGAGGAGAUCGAGCUCGGCUCAUACUCGGUCGCCGAGGCGGCGCGCCACGGCAUGGCGCGGCCGGCCACCACCCGCGACGCGCUCGGCCUGGCUGAGGGACACGACGCCGCGCAGCAGAUGUCCAGGGACCGGGUGACACGGACGGACGGCCAGCAGACGGGCCGCCGCUCGCCGUCACCGCCGGCCCGGACCGUGGAGACGGUGCAUGCCCCGGAGCCGGCGCGGGCCCCGGAGCCGGGCGGGCCGCCGGUGCCCUCCUCGACCGUGCCCAGUGAGCCGACAAUGCGCACGGUGCCCAGCUGGGGCCGUCAGACGGAUUCGGCCGCCGGCGUCACUGACUCGAUGCUGAAGAGCUACCCGAGCUACCUGCCGUCGGAGCAGCGCCGGCCCGUCGCUGAGGAGGAGCACGUGCUGGAGAUCGGCCCGAUCCAGGUGGGCAUCAGCCCGCAGCGGAUCGCCGACCGGCUGGCCGACAUCGGCACCAAGCUCGGACAGGCCGUCGGCCUGGUGGAGCAGCAGCAGCGCGACGACGACGAGGUCCGACAGCUCGCAGAGAAGAAAAAGCGGCAGCUGAUGAAAGGAGAACGAAAAAAGAAAAAAGAACGCCAGAAAGAUGCAUCUAAACUUUUGACAGAAAUUACUGCUCACCCUAAAAAGCCGCCGGCGGAGCGUGUGUCGCCGCCGGAUCACUGGAUCAGCUCGCCCGUGGAGGAGGAGAACGUCAGCGACCGCCGGCCCGCCGACCAGCAGCGGGUCGGGCAGGAGCAGAAACAGCAGACAGGACAGCACAGGCAGCAGAGUGGACUGGAGAACAAACACCAGACUGGACAGAAACAGCAGACCGGACAGCACCGGGAGGACGGCGGCUGGUUCGCGGUCGGAGUCAAUGCCAUCGAGCACGCGCUGGCCACCUCGCCCGAGGAGGACCAGGAGGCCGCCGAGGAGGAGGCCAGCGAACGUGAACUGGCCAGCUGGCUGCCCUUCUCUGGUGGUGUUCCGUUCGGCUCGGAGGAGCCCGGCGACUGGAGCCCGUUCCAGACCCGACAGUCGCCCGUCAGUCCACUCGCCAAGGCGCCGGCGACGUACGACCAAAGUGAUUAUGGACAUGGAGGUUUCUUUACACCGGGAAUUCGAGGAAGCACCGGAAAUAUUCAGCAAAAGCGAGUUCAGGGAGCGGUUCCGGGCAAAGCUAUCCGCGAGAAGUCCAGUAGCAUUGCCCAAGUCGCGCCGAAAACAGCGAAGCGGCCAAAGUCCGGCUGGGACCGCUCGACUGACGGCUCGGUGGCGCCCUCUGAGUCGGCAGCGGAGCGGCGUCUGAGGCGCGGCUCCCUGCACGGCCCCGUCCGGCCCACCGACGACCGGCGACGCAGCAGGACCGACAAACAUCCUCCCGAUAAGUCGAGCUCGGUGAUCAUCACCCACUCGUCAAUGCAGACUGUGAAAGAAGAGGACGAUGGUCAAGGGGGAUUCCUGCCCGGAGCUCCCAUCAUACCGAGAGCGUCCGCCGAGCGCGCCACCAACCGCUCGUCGUCGUCGCUGUCGUCGGGCACGGAGGCCGACGACGAGCGGGCUCGGGAGUCGGCGCCGCGACGGAAGGCGUCUCCUGCCCGGCGCCGGCCGACCAUCCGGCGGCCCGGCCAGCGGCCCGGCAGCGCCGCCAGCAGCCGCACCUCCGACCCCGCCGACGGCGACGACGACGACGAGCUGUCCAGCUGGCGCGUGCCGAGCGUGGUGUUCCGGCUGCUGGGCGAGGGUGGCACCAGCAGCAGCGACGAGACCAACCCGGCCACCGACCAGCUCCUCUACAGCAUCUUCGGAAAGGACAUCUGACCAGGGCGACUGGAUUGUUCCGCGCGGACAGUCCAGUCGCUGCAAAAUGUCAACCUCGAAGUGUCGCCUUCGAAAUGAGCAGCUAAAUUGAAUGACAUUUUAGUAAUGUAACUAGUCGAACUGUCUUUCUUAAUCAGAGUGAACUGUGAUUGGCCCUUUUGGGUCGAUUCAGAGGCGUCUUUCAUGGUAGCGUCCAUCGUAUGGUCUUCUGUUUUCUCAGGCGUGGUCCAAGCCUGAACGAAGCUGCAAAUUUUUGUCACGUCUCAUUUUCAAUUAUUGUUGUGUGCCCUGUUCAAGCGUAUACCUAAUGGUCCUGUCAUGUCUACACUUUGUGUCGUUGAAAGUAUUUUGUUACAAUACAAUUUGUAGCUUCUUUC